CCGACCACACCUCUCCGCCCGCCGCCGGCGCCCCCUAUGCCCUUCCGCCCCACCUUCCCCCGCCGCUGCCUCGACGACCGCAAGCUCUCCUCCUUCCUCUCCGCCCUCGCCUCCUUCUCCGCCAACCCCUCCCCGUCGCCGCCCGCAGGAUCGGUUCCUGCAGCCCGCACCCCCGCCGCCUACAAUGCUCUCAUGUCCGCCUACUCCCGCGCCGGCCGCUCAGACGAGGUGCUCCGCCUCUUCCGCUCCCUCCCCUUCCCCCCCACCGCGCCCCUCUUCACCACCCUCAUAUCCUCCCUCGCCGCCUCCGGCCGCCCCCGCGCCGCGCGCGCCGCCUUCUCCUCUCUGCUCGUCUCCGGCCUCACGCCCACCGCGUCUGCCUUCACCGCACUGCUCAAGUGCCAUGAUGGCUCGCUCGACUCUAUACACCACAUUUUCCUUGCGAUGACCUCCGCCAGCUGCUCACCUGAUGCCGCCGUGUACAACUGCUACAUUUCCAUGCUCUGCGACUCCGGGCGGCUGGAGGAGGCCUGGGGCAUCCUUGACCACAUGAUGGAUGGAGGAGUCCGCCCCACUGUCCGCUCCUACACCGCGAUUCUACAUGGAUACUGCGAGCAGGGUAAGAUUCUCGAAGCAGAGAGGUUAUUCGAUGCCAUGGUCGAUGCCGGCUGCCCCCCAGAUGUCGUAUCCUACAGCGUGCUUAUUGAGGGGCUUUGCGGCAUCAGGGAAUUUCAUAAGGUGGAGAGGAUAUUAGAAAGAAGUGAAGAGAAGGGGUGGACGCCCAAUGCUGUCACCUACAAUAUUUACAUGUCUGCUCUGUGCAGGAUGAGGUUCUUGGAUGAGGCAUGUCAUCAAGUAGAUAAAAUGCGCAGCAGAGGGCUCUCGCCAACUGUUGAGACACUGAGUAUUCUAUUUGAUUGCUUGUGCCGAGACUCAAAGUUUUCGGAGGCAGUCUGCUUGCUGGAACACUGUGAAGAAUUAGGCUGGCAUGCUGAUGUGUUCUGCUAUAACACUUUGAUGGGUAGGCUCUGUGAUGCCGGUGAUUUUGCAAGAGUCUUCAAGCUGCUGGUUGAUCUGUUGAAAAAGGGCAUUGGGCCAGAUAUGUUUAGUUUUACAAUUGCAAUACGUGGCCUCUGUGGAGUUGGGAAAUUCCGGCUGGCAAAGUGUCUAAUAGAUAAUGAGUGGAUUGGAUAUGAUGUUGUGGCUUUCAAUACUUUGAUUCAUGGAUUCUACAAUGCUGGGGAUUUACGUGGAGUCAAGCUAACUUACAUCAAUAUGUGCAGUAGGCAAAUUUCUCCAAACAACUUUACUAAUGCUACAUUGAUUGAUUGCUUAUGUAAAGAUCGAAAAUUUGUCGAGGCAAUAAACUCUCUUGCAUCUUUGAGAGAUGGGUCGGUGCCUGAUCAUGUUGUUCACCUGAACAACCGGUUGGUCAAAGGAGUAAGAUAUACAAAGGUGCUCAACCUACUUGAUGAAAUACGCUGUAGAGGAUUUGAGCUAGAUACUUGCAUCUUCAUCCCGUUAGUUAGGGUAUUAUGCUGGGAAGGCUACUACAAGCGUGAGAAUAUCAAUGAAGUUUCUCUUAUACUGACCAGUCUAGGAAUUAGAUGAUAAUCUCAAGAUUGACUGAUUGAGUACCUGAAAUGAGAGUCUGAGUUAGCAUAAUCAUGCAAAUCACCUUUCGGUGCUGGUUCUCUCUUCCUUCACACACCAGCAAUCUCUCUAUCUUUCAUCAGGGGAGAAGUGCCUGAUUUUACGAGCACCCCAGCUAGUUAGACCUGGACAAGAUGAUCAACCUCAAAUGUGUUCUAGAGAAAAUAUUGGGCAUAAAGUGAUGCCCACCAAAAUGGUUCAAAUUGCCUCUCCGUUGCAUAUUGCCUGUAAUGAUUAAACACGGAAAUGGAAAGUAUAUUCGGGUGAUGCACUUGUUCGUCAAGUAUGAAAUUAAGCUGGAAGUGGAAACAAAAAGGUUGUUGCAGCAGACAAAGCAUUUGAGGGACCAAGCUGUUAAUGCCAGAUUUUCCUUAGAUCAUCAGGGAUCAGCUCCCCGGUUCCAUUUCAUAGAAAUGAAACCAAUGUUAAAAUAAGUUGAGACCAGCUGCCAGAAUUGACAACUUAAUAUGGAUAUUGGAUGAAUUACAAUACGACUUGGGCCCAACAAGAAGAAGGAAGACGCUUCUCCAUUUUGCAACGUUGUAAAGGGUCUAAUAGCACAGUUGGCUUCUUUGGUGAUGCAACAGCACUUAUGGUGAUGCUACACCAUUUUCCUGGUUGCAAGCUAAGUUUCUAUAUAGGUGCUUAAGUGGAGUUGGUUGAUGUGUUGGUACAUCCGGCUUGUAUAUUAGUCGAUGGCACCAUCAAGCUAGUGUUCAAUUUUACGGGGAUGGCUGUGGUAGAAACAAAAUUUAUCUAUAUAUAAAAGCUUUAUAUGUUUCGUUAACACAUGUUCCUCUCCCCACCACUCCAAGUUGUAUAAAUGGAUGGUGGAAACAAGGCAUGUAAAGUGCACUAAUUACAUACAAACGCUCAAAUAGCUAUCCCCUGAUAUUAUUUGAUUUAGAGUUCUAGAACAGGAGUAAUUCAUACUUCAUAGAUAUAUGUGGCAUCAGAGUAUAUAUUACCUCUGCUAUUUUUGAAAUCGGCAAUGUAACUAGCGCCUCAGAGUGAUGUAUGGGUCUCACGAGCCUAAACCGUUCAGUUGUACUUAUGCCAGAUGAGCAUCAAAUUUUCACACUACUAGUCAGCCAUUACUUGCUUGUAACGUAUUUUGCUUGGGU